AUGACUAAAGAACAAGAUCAAAGGGCAGUGGAAGCUCCAUGACAAAAGAAAGAUCAAAGUCAUAAAGAGAAAUUCAUCAUUGAUCCAGCUGGAAACUUAUACUACAACUGGUUAUUUUGUAUAACAUUGCCUGUUAUGUACAACUGGACCAUGAUUAUUGCCAGAGCUUGUUUUGAAGAACUCCAACAUGAUUACCUAGCGAUGUGGUUCAUCGUCGAUUAUGUGUCUGACGUAAUUUAUGCUGUCGACAUGUUUGUCAGGACAAGGACAGGUUUCCUGGAACAAGGCCUGUUGGUCAAAGAUGUAAAGAGGUUGAGUGAAAAGUACAAGCAUACACAACAGUUCCAGUUGGAUGCUGUAUCUAUGAUACCGACAGAUAUACUAUACCUUUACUUUGGUUUAAAUUAUCCUGAACUAAGGCUAAAUAAAUUAUUAAGAGUGUCGCGUAUGUUUGAGUUCUUUCAACGAACAGAAACAAGAACUAAUUAUCCAAAUAUCUUCAGAAUCUCCAACCUUGUCAUGUAUAUUGUGAUUAUUAUUCACUGGAAUGCCUGUGUGUAUUAUUCUAUAUCCAAAGCAAUUGGAUUUGGUGAGGACACAUGGGUUUAUCCAAAUAUUUCUGAUCCUGAAUUUGCACGACUUGCAAGAAAAUAUGUAUAUAGCCUCUACUGGUCAACUCUAACCUUGACAACUAUUGGAGAGACUCCUCCUCCUGUGCAAGACUCUGAAUAUUUCUUUGUUGUCGUUGAUUUCCUGGUAGGAGUGUUGAUAUUUGCUACCAUUGUUGGUAAUGUAGGUUCUAUGAUUUCUAAUAUGAAUGCUGCAAGGGCCGAAUUCCAAGCAAGGAUUGAUGCUAUUAAACAGUACAUGCACUUUCGAAAAGUAAGUAAAGAUUUAGAAAACCGGGUUAUUAAGUGGUUUGACUAUUUGUGGACUAACAAGAAAGCAGUAGAUGAAAGAGAGGUCUUGAAGUAUCUUCCUGAUAAACUGAGAGCAGAAAUUGCAAUCAAUGUCCACCUUGACACACUGAAGAAAGUUCGUAUCUUCGCAGACUGUGAAGCCGGCCUUUUGAUUGAGCUGGUUUUGAAGCUAAGGCCACAGGUUUAUAGCCCAGGAGACUACAUUUGCCGAAAAGGAGAUAUUGGAAGGGAGAUGUACAUCAUCAAAGAGGGAAAGUUAGCUGUGGUUGCAGAUGAUGGUAUCACACAAUUUGUUGUACUCAGUGAUGGUAGCUAUUUUGGUGAGAUUAGUAUUUUGAACAUCAAAGGUAGCAAAGCAGGAAACCGAAGAACUGCAAAUAUAAGAAGUAUUGGAUACUCUGACCUAUUUUGUCUUUCCAAAGACGACCUCAUGGAAGCUUUAACUGAGUACCCAGAUGCAAAAGCAUUACUGGAAGAGAAAGGAAGGCAAAUUCUAAUGAAAGAUGGAUUGCUAGACCUAGAGCUUGCUCAGUCUGGCGUUGAUCCCAAAGACCUGGAGGAAAAAGUAAUUAGAAUGGAAGGAGCGAUAGAAAACUUGCAGACAAAGUUUGCAAGGCUUUUAGCUGAAUAUGAUGGGACACAACAGAAGCUGAAACAACGAGUAACAAAGAUUGAAAGAAAAUUAAAGCAAACAAUUGAGGCUGAGUUUUCUGAGUUGACAGACCAUGAAGAAAGGAUGGAGGAUGCAGGUCCUGUUGCAGAAGAUUGA